AUGGACGUAGCUCAAGACUUGGCCGAAUACGCAGCGAAGCACGCGAAUAACGUGCUCGAGCGAGAUGUUCCCAUCGAGGUGGAUGCGGGUCUGCUUGCCGCGUUCGAUAACACCCCAGUGGACGAGGCUGCCUAUGCCGACCUAAACCCCCACCUCCUCUCCCUCACCCUCACAUCAACCGCCUCCCUCCUCGCCUCGCUCUUCACCCUCCCGCGCGCCCACGCUCAGUCAUCCACCAGCACCGGCACCGGACCCACCGCGACCCUCCCGCCGCCCAAGACGUUGUUGCCGAGGGAGAAGGCGCUGCCCAAGCCCAAGCAGCCGACCAAGUGGGAGCGGUUUGCCAAGGAGAAGGGGAUCAGUCAUCGGACAAAAGACAAGAAGGAGUGGGAUGAGGAGAGGGGAGAGUGGGUGAGCAGGUGGGGGAUGGGGGGGAAGAAUAGGGAGGGGGAGGAGCAGUGGUUACAUGAGGUUAAGAAUAGGGAUGACGCCGACCUCGACCCCGCCUCGACCCUCCGCGCCGCGCGCAAAGCCCGGGUCACCAAGAACCUCAAACAACAAUCCGCCAACACCAACCGCGCCAUCAAUGCCAACGCGUCUACCGACCCCGCCAUCGAAAAAGCUCGAGCCGACAAGGUGUCAUCCCGCACCAAGCGGAAAUCAGAGAUUGACCGGACGCUCCUGAUUACGGGUACGGCGACGGCGAGUAUGGGGCGGUUUGAUAAGAAGCUUGAGGGGGAGCCGAAAGUAAAAGGUGUGAAGCGCAAGUUUGAGGCGAAUGAGCUGCCCAGUGGCGGAGGGGGCGCGAAAGAGGAGAGGGAGAGGCAGAUGGGGGUGCUGAAGCGGGUGGAGAGGGGUGAAGGGAAGAAGGUGAGGAAGGGGGGUGAGGGGCGAGAGGGGGAUGUGAAUGCCAGAAAGGCGGUUAGGUAUGAGGGGAAACAGCAGAGGGCGAGGCAGAAGAAGUAG